CAACCUUGUUGAAAUUGUUGAAAUGUGUUUUUAUUAUUGGCCUUCAAAUAUAGAAGUGGAAUUUUGCGGUAAAAUGUGGCUUCCUUGUGCUUGAAAUUGAAUUUUCCGUGUUUUAAUAACCUAGUGAUAAGUUUACAAUCGAUCUUGCUCGAUAUGAUACGUAAAAGUUUGGAAACGUGUAGUUGAAAUCGCCAACUCCUCCAUUUCUUGAAUAUAUAAAACUGCUGGUUUCGUGGCGAAAGUUUGGAUGGGAUGGUUUAUGCCAUGGCUGAUACAAAAUCAGGACCUAUUUCACCGAAGACGCCAGUCAAAGAGAAAAUUGUAGGAAUCUAUGAUGACUUCUUCAAGGUAAGUAACUAUGAUAUGAUGGCACUGGAUAAACUAAGGAGUCUAAAAUUAAAAAUGAAGAAACUUGAUGUAACCCAUCACCUCGAAAUGUUUUGACCAUUUCACAAUCCCGGAUAAUAUGGAAAGUUAAAACUUUUACUACUGAUCUGGUCCAGUAAAUUUCUUUCUUUAGUUUUUCCUUUUCAUAACUGGAUAAUUGUUAGAAACAAUAUGCUCUCAUCACACUUGCUCAAAGCUCACUGAAUAAAUAUCCAUCUGGUGGAAAUUGUCCUUGUCCAACCCAUCUGUCACAUAAAACUUCCAACCUUCCUAACGCUCAGACCCAUACAUUUGCAUUCCAGGGAUAGUUAUUUGUUCCAAAUUUUUCCUAGGAAGAUUUCUCAUCCAAAGUGAUACCUGAUUUAGAAGUUGGGUGAUUUUAAUUAUUAUUAAUUCAAAAUAUUUCACAGUUCUGACUGGCUCCAGUCCCCCAGCAAAUUCUUCACAACCAACUAGCACUUACCAUAAAAAAUUAUUUGAAAGAUGCAAGUAAUAUACCAUCAUUUGUUGGUAUAUUUGCUUGGAAACAAGGUUGUUCAACGGUAUCAGCCUGGAGAUGAGGCUGCUGAAUAAAAUGAACAGCAGACUGUCCAGUGCUCUUUCCUAGUACUAAUUUUGGAGCAAUUGUCAUGCAGGGUGUCUAUUAUACAUUGGCAUCUAUUAGACAGGGGUGUCUAAUACGAAGUUAAAAGCAUAUAGGGGGGCUUUUAUUAGAGAAGAGGACAUCAAUAAGAUCAUAUAAGGUAAUCUAAUCAUUAUUUGAAAAUGUUCUUUUCAUUAACACAAAGAAGGCUCUGGGUCAACUCUUUCUGAGAUGGACACCUUGGGGACCUGCAGUAUGUGUCCGUCUUACAGAGAGUCAAAUAAAGGGAGUAAAGAAAGGCAGGGACCAACUCUGAGUGUUCGUUUUACAAAGAUGUUCGUCUUAUAGAGGUGUCCGUUAAGAGAGAAUAGAUGAUUUAUGUGUCACUCACUACAGGGCUAUGCUCUAGCAGUACCCAGUGACCCCUGGCGCCCAACUUUUGUUCCUGAGUGACUGGGAAAAUCUCAGUUUUGGCAUUAAAAUCGUAUGCUUGGUAUACUGGAUUUCACACGUUCAGAGCAUUGGGCUCCCUGGAAUGUUUCUAAGAGCAUAGCCUUGUAUUAGUCUUUUUUACCUACAGAAAAAUUAGUUCUCUUACAACUGUGAACAAGUCAGUCUGCCUUUUUUUCAGGGAGAUGAUCCAACGCGAGGCAGUCCCAACUUUUGGCAUGAAUUUUUUCUUAUGAGGGUAAGAACCAGUGUUUUUACUUUUUGAAAGCUUGAAAACUUGUUUGGUAAGGAGAGGUAGUCACCAUGGUAAAGACAUGUCUUUUGGCUAAAAAUGCGAAGCAUGUGUAACAAAACAAAAUAAAACUAUACAGUAUUAACAAUGAUUUAUGCUGCAAUAGCUUGGCAACAAUUUUAGUGAAUAGGUAUGACUUUAAUUUUUUUUUUUCAGGUCAAUGCCAUUUACCUGGAAAAGUGUAUAGACAAGCUCAGUGAAGAGGAGCUUAUGGAUGUAAAGGUAAAGGUACUAACAAGCUGCGUUUUAGAACUGACAUUAUUUUAGUACAAAUUUUCAAGAUUUUAUUAUAAAAAUGUAGUGAAUUUCUGAGAAAUCUAACCUUGGCAAACAGUGAUCAGUACUAUAAUAUGAAGUUUAUAAGAGUGAGUGUUAGUAACUCUUCUAAUUCAAUUCAAUUUCAGGAAAACAUCAACAUAUUGUUUGCUCAGUGUUGCAUUGCAUUAAGAGGAGAUCAUCAGAUUAAGCUGGUCAAUGCUUUGCAGGUAUACAAUAGCAAAGGUUGCUUUCAUGAUACCACAUUAUACACAGGACUGAAACAGUCCCUUUCAUAAACACCCCAUGAGAAGAUAAAGAACACCACCAGGGUCUACAUUCCAUGCUUGUUUUGAACAUUUAUGUUGGUUCUUUAAAAUAGUUCUCUACUAACCAUAGGAUUGUAUACACAGUGACACAUCAGGUACCCAAAGUGUGAACUCAACACUAUUUUGUACCAGUACCGAGCUACAUGUAAAGGAAGGAUGAAGGAGACCACAGCAACAGCUUCAUAUAAUGAUCAUACAUAAUUUUCUCUGCUCUAGUUAGUUUGUCUUGUUUUUAAAUAGCUUAGUUAAUUUUAUUUAUUUUUAGAUUUGUGUUAUUACUGUAGACACAUGUACAUUUUUGUAAUGAGCCUUCUUUUUAGACUUGCUAAUGAGAUAAUGAGAUGAUACCAUGACAUUUUCAGACACUUUGUGCAGUAGUUCGAGCAGUGUACAGAAAGAGACUAGGAGACCAUGGGUUUGAUGUUAUUAACAUCUUGAUUGGUUUUGAUGCUGCUGAGGCACAGAUGCAGGUUUGUGGAUUACAAUGUACGCACAACCCUUUGAUAUUUUUGUUUGAUAUAGAAGUCAUCCCAUCUAAAAUGUGUUUAUAAAUACAAGUCUUUGUGUUGUCUAUAUUUUCUUAGGGGUUGUUGGAAAGUUUACAUACAUUUCUUGUGGGUGAUUAUCCAGGUAAAUAAGACAGAGUCUAAUCAUUAAGUCAGCAGUUACCACCACCUGAAAAAUCACUUGUUAACCAUCUCAUUCAAAGUUGACAGCAAAAUAGCGGCUGAACAAAAAUUGACAGCGACUGUUGUAAUAAUUUAAGAAGAUGUAUCUGAAAAUACUCUCCUGUUUAGUUUCUUUAGAACCAGUAACAUUGUAGUAAUGGCUUAACUGACAGACAACUAAUGAUAUCACAACUUAAUUGACUUAUCAUGUGAAUGACCAGAGUUAAAUACAUUCUACAUCAAGUGACAGGAUACAACAAACUUGAACUCUGAAGAUGACUACCGCACAGGUUGUCUAAACGUCAGUUGCUGUCAACAACAGUCCUUUAAAGAUUCAUGCAGGAGUACACUAACUUUGAUGAUCAUAUUUCACCUACUCACAGAUCUUUGAGUUAUCAGUAGAUACAAAAAUUAUGUGAUAACUUUGUAAAAAUAAAAAAAGGCGUCAAAGUUUGUGAUGUGGUGAAAUUAUUCUGAACAACUUUAAUUUAAAUCUCUCUCUGUAGUGAGCUUAAAGAACCUGUCAUUAAAGUUGGCGCUAAUACUUGUCACUGUAAGUAAUUUGUUUGUUUGUGUGUUUGCAUUUUAUGUUGUUUUAGCAACAGUGUCUGACUAGUUAAUCUAGUUAUGGCUUUCUUGAAGGGAGAGCUGAAAGAUCCAUUUUCUUUGUACCUCCAUAUUGUUUUACAGUACUUUUUUGGUGGUAACAGUGUGUACUGGUAUGUUGUCAUUUUAGGCAACAGACAAUGUCAGUCAAAAUACAAUCGUGGAGUACAUUAUGAUAAACAGUAUAUUUGAAGCUGUCAUUCAGGUAAGCUAAGAAAUUCAGUUGUUUCUAAAAUUAUGUCCGUCACUCAAUCUUUUCUCAAUAAGAUCACUUAAAGAUGUAAAGGGUAUAGAGAUUUUUAAGGGAAGAUUUUUAUGAGGCAAUGAAAGAUGCAAGACUGACUCUUCAGAGGGUUAAUGGUUUUAAUGAAAAAGUAAUUCUUAAGAGAACUGAGAGAGAUUACUUUACUAAAAUUACGUAUUAGUGUGGAAUUAGUAUGGUAAUAUAGCUCAAACUGAGGAGAAUUUUGGGUGAAUAUCCAGCCAGAAUUGGAUAGGUCACUACAUGUGAAUAUAAUAGUAUAAGUUGGCUAUUUUUAAAAUAAUUUAAGAGAAUUUAGCUUUUAAAAGCUACAUGCAAACCUCUUUGAUAUAGACACCAAAGGCAUGAAGCCAAGUGUUGACAUCAUGGAGAUGUCUACAUUUUAGAGCUGUCUAUAUUACCGACGUGUUUGUAUAACAGAGGUGUGCGUACAGUAGAACCUCGAUAACUCGCACUCUGACAACUUGAAUUCUGCACGAACUUGAACUAAAUUUCCUUUCCCUCGAUCAAAAUUUCACUGAAAUUUACCCCAAUAACUCAAAUUCCCUGCUAACUGAAACUGUUUUUUGUUUCCCUUCAGAGUUCGAGUUACAGGGGUCCUGCUGUAUUAUAUUCCCCCUACUCUUUUAUUUGAGUAUUGAACUGAAUCUGGGAAAUGUGUUUUUAGGUCCUUGCUGAUCCAGUAGCCAGACAGCAGCAUGGUUAUGAGGCAAUGCUUCUUUUGACAAUUCUUGUUAAUUACAGAAAGUAUGAGGUGAGGAAUGUGAUAUAUUGUUUCUUUCAUUUUAUUGUUUUUUUAUUUUUUUAUGUACUGGCGAAGGCAUGGAUCGCGAGCUUAAAGAAGGGUUACAUGAAGAUGUUUGUGUCAAUUUUGUAAAAAGAGUUAGUCCUGACAACCCAAGCUUCUGCUUAAUUCAAAGCAGAAUUCUUCACUCAUCUUCAGCUUACUGUACAUGUUCAAAUUGAUCAUUUACCACCCUACCAUCUAAUACUGACUGUUUCACUAAUAUUUAUUUGUAACCGUAAAAUACGUGUAUGCUACCAUAUAGUGUCCUAAUUAUGUAUGUAACUGACCUGUACCUACAAUAAGAUGAAAAAAGUGUCAAUAAACAAGUCAUUCAUCCAUUCAUUCAUUUUUAAUUCAUGUUUGUCACUGUCGUCAACAUUAUCACAGUUUUUUUCGUAGGUUGAGCCCAAUAUAGGAACUAACAAAAUUAAAAGAUUAAAUAUUUUAAUAUGUUUUUUCUUGCAUGUCUUUUAAUCAGGCAUCAAAUCCGUACAUUGUGAAGCUCUCAAUCUUGGAUGAUGAGUUGGCCUUAAAUGUAAGUCUAACGAAUCUAAUCCAUGUAUAUGUAUCCUUAAACAGCCUUUAUAUGUAUCAGUUUGGAACAUGGGUUAUUGUGAAGCUAUUGUGCAGAACUGUGCCAUAACCCAAUCCAAUUCUUUUUUAGGGUUUUGGCUGUGUAAUAUCAGCUGCGCUCACUGACUACAACAGGUAAAGAUCACUAACUUGUGCUUUUAUGAAGUAAAGAGUGGUAAUAAGUGCAAGGUUAAGAACAGUUUGUAUUUGUUUGUUCAGGAAACAUGCAGCUAUGCUAGAGCAGGCAUCUGGAGGAUUGAUCAGUACCAUAACAAGCUUUGUAAGUUGUGUAUUAUUUGUUUUGUAUUUUAUUUUACUCAAAUAAGUACACUGCUCCAGAAUAACUGCCACUGUGAUGUUAAACAGCCAAAUCAUUACUGGUACAACUAUAACUGCACAAAGCGUGUUCAAAGGUGAACACUUCUUUCUUUUGCUUCGUACCGUUAUCUUGAGACCCAAGACAGUUCUAUAAUCUUGUUCGUUGAUGUGAAUCCUGUGGUAUCCUCUAUGAGCACUCAUGGGACCCCACCAUGUUACAUAAACCCUCUACUUAACAUUGGUUGAAAAUAAGUCCUGUCCAGUCAUCCUAGAUGAACGGAUUUUCCGUUUAAGCUACAUUCAUGGACAAAAGUCUUGGAAUACAUUUAAAUUUGUGGGUGUUUUUUUUAAUCCCCACAAUGCCUACGUAACUAAAUUAUAAACUUAGACAGGAACGCAACAGCAAAGGGCAAACAAAAUUUUAGUUCUGCUUAUCUUUACGACAAGCUACAAGAAUAUUUAAUUUUUUCAAGUACUGACUUUGCAUCCGAACCCAUGACAUUUUUCUUACCGUCUAUGACCACUGUCCUUGGGUAAGGCCUUCUCUAUUCAAUGUGAAGCCAAAGAUGUUUUAAAGUAUCAGUAAAAAAUAUGUGCCUUCUGUCGAUAAGCCUCGUAUACCAUUGAAAUACAGUAAUGUAACUUCUCUGAAAGGAUAGUGUUAUAGACAUCACAUAAUUUCUUAAUUUUUCCUAACACCUCCAUUCUCUUGCUUCCUAUUUAAUCAUGAGUGCACUAUAUCUCAUAGGUUGGAAGCAUGUUUGUUGCUGAGACAGAGAGUGCAGAGUGUUUUAGGUAUUAAUGUAUGUAGCUGUGAUACCUUCAUCGCUGAACUGCAAAAAAUGUCACUUUCCUUCUUUGCUGUCUAAAGAAAUUUGCAUUUUUCACUUGCACCUUCAUUGCAUUCAGCAUUGGUUUUUUACCCUGUGAUUCAUGUUCUUCUCACUCACUUUAUUACUGCAUUAUAUUGUCAAACAGAUAUUGAUAGUAAUGGCCUCUUUUAAUUUUAUCUCUUUCUGUUUAGCACCAAUGAAGCUGUACUUCUGGCAUUAUAUGAAGCAGUGCAUCUCAACAGAAACUUCUUUACUGUGCUUAGUCACGUUACGGUCAGUUUAGUGUAGGAUCAAAAGUAUUUGACUUCAGAAUUAUUUUUUUACGGCUCUAAGCUGAUAUUGGGAGCAACCUUCAAGCCUUCACAGACUUGAACAAAUUUCAAACAUAGGCUGAAAACCAGGUGACAUAGGGUUGAUGAAACUGUAAAUAAACUGAUCUCAUUCCGGCCCAGCCUGAACACUGAAACAUGUUGAAGUAUGAGCACAGUAAAAACAGAAAAUUCUUAAGUCAACUUUUCAGCAAAAAGAUGUGACAAAAAUAAAAAGGGCUUUCUUAACCCUACCAGAUAGCAACUACGUAACUAAGCAAACUAACUUAGUAAGCAACUAAGGGUGCACUAAAAUUCAGAACUGACCGUUCACAAUAGUCAUUUCAAAAAUGAAAUAGCAGUUUAUCUUGAAAUUUUCGCAUAAACCCAUCAUUGUCAAAUGUAGCAUUUAGGAAUAGACUGAUCUGGCCCUAUAGUACUGAUUAAUAGUGGAGUUCUCUUUAUGACUGUACUAGUUUGGCUGGCCAGUUGUGACAAAUGGUUAGUGUUCUUAUACGUCUCCUUAUGUAUCCCAUUUGUCUUUAGACUGCACCAGGGUCCAGUCCUCCUCCAUCACCUACAGCAGCACCGCCUGUUGUUGAAAGAACAGCAACUGGUAAGAAGAAAGCUUAACUAUGAAAAAAAUGAUCAAUUUUUCUUUGGUAAAAUCCUAAGAAAUAAUUAAUGCUAUGCAAAAGUUCUGUGGAAGAGGUUUAAUUUGAAUGGUAACACCAUAGGAUUUCAUCCACAGACUAAAAAGUUAGAACUACAUACUAAAUUAAUAAUUGUACCAUGUGAAAGUACUGCUGAAGAGGUUUCAUUUGAAUAGUAACACCAUAGGAUUUUAUCCACAGACUCAAUUGUUAGAGUGCGCGAUAGCCUCAUCAUAACCUGGUUUAGGAGGGAAACGAUUAAGCCAGUGUCUGCUGUUGCUACGUGUUUUGUAAAGUGUUGCUACGUGUUUUGUAAAGUGUUCUUCUGCCGUUUUCAUUGUAGCUGCAGUAAUUGAGGAUGUUCCUGCAGAUUUGAGUCAACCCACCAAUCUACUGGUUACUUUACUGACAUACUCCUCAAUUGCCCUGCAGAAUACCAAAGGUAUUUUAUAGUUACCUAUUAUAGCCUACAGAAUAGGCACUAUUUUUUCGCGUUUUUCGGGCGAGCGAUAGCACAAAGCGGACGUGGAGCGCCUUCCCUCAUCGCGCGUGUCUCGCACCCUCACUCACUUCGCGCUUGCCUUCCCUCAAAAAACGCGAAAAAAUAACGUCUGUUCCGCAGGCUUUUGCUACUAAAUGUGCAAAUCAGUGAUACAAUAACUCUCAUAAUAAGUCAAGUAUUGAACUUAAGAACCACAUUGAGCCUAAGUUCAUAGAGGGUUACAAAGAACCAGUGAACACAGGCACGAUUUUCCCUCCUCCUCCCCUCCUGAGCUAAAAAUGUCAGACAAGUUUUUUUUCCCACGGUACUUGCCGUUGGCAGUACUUCUUUACAACUGCUUGUUUUAUCGUGCGAUCCACAAUCUUGUGUUAAACAUAUUCUUAGCUGUUGUACUACCUUCUUUUGAACUGAUUUUACUUUUCUAUGGUUAUGUUUGACGAAAAAUUCAUCUCAACAAGAAGCGUUUGUAAGGCUAGUUUUAGUUUUUGCGCGAUGAAAAGCUGGAAAAAGUGCACGUGCAAUCGCAACUGUUGUAUUUAUCGUAAUAACGUUUAAAAAUUGUUGUUGUUGCAGAUGACAAAGGAAUAAGCAAUGCCAAACUCUGCCAGGUUAUUUUAACGUGUAUUGUUGAGGUGAGGGAAAGUGAUCAGAAAGAUGAUACUGUAAUUGCUCUUUCUACCUAAAAAUACUCCGCGUGGGUUAGUCUGCUGAUUAACGUGCUUUUGCUCUUAGUCCAAAUUUAAGAACGUGUCAGCUACCGUCAUUAUAGUUAUGGCUUUAGUUAACCAUCCUCCUUAGUUUACGAACAUAUAUGGUUUAUUCAUUUCUAUAGGAUCAAUAUGCCAAUGCUUUUCUCCACGAUCCAAACAUGACCUUUUCUGUGCCUCUUCACAGGGCGGUAAGUGAAAGAAAAAUAUAGUUUUGUCUUUAUGCUUUUGAUUAAAAUGUAAUACCACUAGAUGCUAAGAUGACUGAUCUUUUGAAACUUUUUUCUAGUCUACGUGCGGGCGUCUCUGCGCCAGGAGAGAACUCUGGAAACUAGGUUGGGAGAAGGAAGAAUUCGGGCAAGCGAGGAAUGGGGGAAAGGGGGAAAGGGAACGCCUGCAACGACGCUAUUGUUUACACCAAACCGCCCCCUUUUUCCCUGGCCUGGCUGCAUAGCUGGUGUCUUUUGUUUUGUUUUGUUUUGUUUUGUUUUGUUUUUUCUUUUGUGGUUUGUAAGUAGGAGAUACAGUCGUGCGAAAGCCGGAAUGAGGUCCAACCAGAAAACGGUAGGAGAGGGGUCGAGGGAAGAAGUCUCUCUCCUCCUCGCCCCCUCAUCGUUUUCUCAUUAGACCUCGCGCGGCCGUGUAAAUACGAACCAGAAAUGCAAAUCGCACCAAAAAAUCCGCCAGCUACGCCAGCUACCUUCUCAUCCUUCAGCCGUGGCCGAAUUCUCCCUUCCCUUUCCUCUUUUAACCCCUUCCACGCAGGCUAAAUAGCUCCCAUUUGGUUAUUUUUCAGCAACUGUAUCACAGAGGAGCUGUUAUUGAGAAGAAUGCGCCAUCAAGACCACUGGCCUGUGCUUUGCUAGGUAUGUCCAGACAAAGAAAGGGAUUUACGGCAAGGAGCCCAAAAGUGUUACCUCCUUUGAUUAAGUCACAUUCUUUCAUGCAGACAUUCACCAAUCAGAAGUCGAGGACAGUUUCUAACUGGCUUCUGAUUGGAUUAAAUCUGUGCGAAAGAAUGUGAAUAAAUUAAAAGCAGUCACACGUUUGGGCUCCUUGGUGUAAACACCCUGUCAGCGGAGACUUUCUUUCGCUUGCUCAUUUUAUCCCUGUUCAAGAAGAAGACAAAAGGAAGCUCUUCUCGCAGGUGAUGUUUAUAGUGAGUAUGUGACUAUCGAUGGAAUACUGUUCCUCUUAUUGCAGUACUCUGUUUGAGAUGACAAAGAUAAAAGGCAAGAUCGCGAAGUGUACACCUCGCCUUUACUGGAGAGCAAAAUGUUAUGCUAUGUUUGUAAAAAAUAGACUCGUAACCAGGUUGAUUUAUAUUCCACUUAGAUAGCUAGAGUAGCGUCUGGUUUGUUAUUAAAAACAUUUUUGAAGAGUUUGAGUGAGACCAGAAAAUAUGAGGCGCUCAAGAGAUUCUUUUUUUUUACUCCUGUUACUGUAGAAACUGACAUUCUCGUGUGAUGUUUUUAAUUCUUUUUAGAUCUUAUGGUGGAGUUUAUCGUAACCCACAUGAUGAGAACAUUGCCAACUGACUUGUACGGGUAUGUGAUUGAUACAGUAUUCAUGUUAUAACUUUGAUGAGAAAUUGUGCAUCCGUAGCUCCGUGGAACUUUAAAAAGCCGACAAGGUUGUGUUUUUGCAUAUGAAGUAGACCGAAAUAUUAGUCCCUUUUCACCGGGUGAGAGGACAAGUUUUCACGGCAGUACUGGAGAAAGUAAGCGAACAGCCUGUACUGCGGGCAGGUCUUUUGGGGGGAGGGGGGUGGGAAGGGGGUGAGGGAUGGGGGAUCGAUGGAGUGGUAAAAUAGUAGAGUACCACAAUUUGCACGAAUUGUGUCGCGAGUCACCCCCUCUAACCAUCUCCUUUCGCCUUACGCCCACUCCAUCCAUUGCAUUCCCUAAUCUUUCUCUACUUUGACAAUCAAGCUUGACCUUGGAUAAACGGAGUGUUCUUAAUAGGGUUUUACUAGGGGAGCCCCAGAGCGGCCCCUUCUUCGUGUAGAAACGUAAGGGGGAUAAAGUCAUCCGUACAAGUCAUGAAGUAGGUUAGCGACUGCAGGACAUAUCGCAUCGCAUGGUAAACAGAGAAGGAACUUCCUCAACUCCACCCCUCCUCCGUUUCCCUUUUUUGCGUUGGUAAUGUAUGCAUGUUGGCAGAACAGUCCUGACAGAAUGCCAGCAUUCUAUUAUUGAAAGUCUUUUCCCAAUAACAAUUUUCCUUUUAUUUUGUAAUUACUCAGUUUUAAAAUUCUUGUAAAAUAAUGAAUUCACUAUCGACUAAAAUAUCUUUAAACCACUAAAUGUAACUGAAUUUUUGUUUCCCUUUUGCAGCAAAACGUUUGGAAUCCUUCAUCGCAUGUUGUGUUACCAAAAGCGAUGUCGUGUUAGGUUAGCUUACUCAUGGAAGAGCUUCUGGACUGCUCUCAUGAACUUCCUCAAGUUCCUUCUUUCCAAUGAAUCUGUUCUCACAAAGACCUGCAAUAUCUUUUCCCUGGCCUCACAGGUUUGUCCGACGACUACACGAAUUUUUUGUGGCUAAAAAAGAUAAGGAUUGUUAAAAUUUGUAGACAUAAUCGAAUAGCUCUUUUCUCACACAAGAGGUCUAUACAACGGAAAUGUGUUAAUAGGGAGCAAAACGGCCAGUUUCACAUCAAAUUCAUUUUUCAGUCAUUAGAUAGGAGCUAUAAAAGGUUAACUGGUCCAAUGCCACCAGGCAAUCUACUGCCAUAGUUGUUAACAUGUUGUUAACAUGCGAUAGUUUUACGAACGCCAAUCCUGUCCUCUUAGGCGACGUUCUCUCGUCCUAGGCCAAAUUUUGCCUUUCAUAACUUUACAUGCCUUGGGCAUUGAGUGGUUGUUGCGACAGAGAUAAUGUUACUAUUCGCAUAGACGAGUGUGGGACUUACUCGUUAAUUCUUUAAUGCGUCCAUUUGUUUACUUUCUUGUCAUAGGUUGUUAACAUUUUCAACCUUUUUAUCACCUAUGGAGACACAUUUCUCCCUUCUCCAACAUCCUAUGACGAGCUGUAUUAUGAAAUCAUCCGAGUUCAUCAGAUCUUUGAUAACCUCUACUCAAUGGGUAAGUCAGUGAUUUAAGGCAUUGACGCCUCUUUUGGUCAAUUUUAGUCGCGCAUUUUCUCUACUAUUACAGCUCAUACGUAGCGAAUCCCUCGCGUGAUGUGAAAUUCUAACGGACAGAUAUUGUUCGGGUAGCCCCCAAAUCUCCCCUUUCAGGUAUUUGUUGCUACAUCCGCUCUACACCUACAGUUAGCUUCAAGAGGAGCUUCAGAAACCACGGCGACGACGGCAGUAAAGACAUCUCUGAAAAAUGAAUUUACGUUUUUUCAUACUCUGGCAUCACUUUUGUCUUGCCUCGCCGGAGUUAUCGUUUUGUCCCGUUUUCGUUGCCGUCGUCGUAAUGGACCUUUGCUCAAGCUUCCUACAAUCUCUUAUAUUUUCCCGCGGUUUACAGCGGCCGCCAAAUAUUUGCGAUCUGAUUGGUUCAUCGCACUUACUACGUCUCAUCCGAUUGGGCAAAAACUAAGAGGCCUUUAACAAUAGUAGAUCACGUGGUGCUAGGAUGUUCCUCCCUCCAUGUUAACAGCCCAUUGGUCGAAAACCCUCACAACGUUUCUUAGUGCCACUGUUAAUCAGGAUGUUUGGAAAUCCACAGCAUUAAGACAUUCAACAAACGGUGGCGACUGGAAAGACGCAGCAGCCCGUCUCGCCAGCUCCUUAGUAAAUGUCAGGUGAGAUGAGAUGAGAACUAUAUUUUUUGGACUUUUUAGUAAUUUUAAUUCUCCAUUCGCUUAUUGCCGUAAGUCAACAACUGUUGUGAAAAAUUAACCUUGUUUUUGCACAAUUGAACUUUAGAGCAAUCAUUAACCAUUUCACACCAAAGAUCGAUUCAUGGGCAGCUGUCAAUCAUCUUACGUCACUAUCUUCUGAGCAGGUACGAUUUUUUUAGGGACGGACCUUAUGUUACCGGUGCGAAGUACAAAAAGAUAUUCUUGCAAGGGAAAAUUAUUAACAAUUAUUCCUCGAGUCCGAAUUUGCUCUGAGUCAAUAGCUCAUGAGGCCGAAGGCCGAAUGGGCUAUUGACUCAGAGGCCAUGAGGGCGAGAGGAAUAAUAGUUUUAGUAAAAUCCAACUCAUUGGUAAAAAAUAUCGAGAAUAAAAACUUUUAGCUAGUUAAAGCUAGACUUUAAUCCUUUUUUGCCGCCAAAAAGCCCGCGCUUUUCGCUACUGGUGGGCUAUAACAUUUCGCCUAGUAGUAGCUCAACCAAUCAGAACGCAGCAGUAAUAAUAGACCACUAGUUGGAUUUUACUAAAAUGAAAUAUAUCUAAUGAAUGCACGUUAAAAGAAACUAAAAAUAUUAUCUUCUUUCACUCUCAAUUUAUGUUUUCUUUUCGUUAUUAAAGAGCCCUGCUUGGGUCUUACUGCCCUUAGAUGAAGGAUAAAAAACGACAACAACAGAAAAACUCUUCCACGAGAGAAGCAAAAUGUCGGAAUUGUAAUGGAAAUGUUCAGUUGAUUAUUCUAUUACUCAUUGUGUCACUGCGGAUAUCUUUUCAGGUUUUGAGCGUGAUUCGUAGUAACUAUGACACGCUAACCUUAAAACUACAAGAGAAUUUGGAUCAUUAUGAAAAGUACUCCGAGAAACCGAAAGAGGCGGCCUUCUUUACCCAGCUGGUAAGUUCAUGGAUGAAGGUGCGGACGUACAAGAGCCUCACAGAGUGAGCUCUGGGUAGGAGAUGUUAUUGCCGGUCGUAAUCUUGCAUGUACAUUUAAAUCUAUUCAUUUUGAUUGCCGAGGGUCUAAAAAGCUAUGAAAAUCUUUUCCGGCUCUCGAGACAUAACUAUAAAGAAAAUUAUCGUACUCACAGCAAACACAGUUUAAUUAGGGGCCUAGCCUACCAUCUAUAUAUCUCGUGGUUUACUGACGAUUAUUAUUUCUGCGAUAGUUGAAUUCAACAGAAGUUGGGAUGACGUCGUAAUUCGGUGAAAACUGUCUUUGCUGCGAGUAAGAAAAUUUUCUGUAUAGCAUGAAAAUGGCCUACGAGUUUUUAAGAAACGGACCCCAACCAGUGACUUUUGAGUACCUUUGCUACGAGAAAGGUGUAAAUAUUCGGGUGGGAGUCCUUUGGCUCGUAGAGACUGCUAAUCAUGACCCCAAGUUCCAUCCCUUCCAAAACGCAUUAUGUUAAAACUGAACUGGUGAUGUUAAUGUCUCUUUUUUGCCCUUUAGGUUCGUUCUAUCGUGAUAGAUGUUCGACGAACUAUACAUGUCAAUAAUCUGGAACAGUUUAGCUUGCUUCAAGAGUUCGCCUCGAUCCAUUGAGUCAACUUAAGUAGUCGCAGAGCUCGGAACAAACACUCCAUAUAAUAAUGAAGGGAGCUCUUUUCAAGUUGCGUGGUGCGGCGUUGAAAGGCGUAAACAUUAAAACUAUCGCGUAGCAAACCUUUGUCCAUGCACCUAUUGUCGUCGGUUUCCUGGAGAUUGGCUUCAGUAUUCGCUUAAAAAAAACACUGGUGUCCCCGAGCUAGUUUUUUAAAAACUGUCCUCUAUUUCUGUUUGGGUGAUCUUUGUACAAAGGGUGCGCAAUGUGUAAAGGUUUAGUCGUUCCCAAACUGCUGAAGUUAAGCGACAUAGGUGAAGUGCAAAGAUAGGGCUGAAUUUUUUCUGGUGGUAUCUAGACAACAGAAUCUACACGGCCUCUAUAUUUCCAGAGUCCUGGGAAUUGAGGGAGAUGCGAGUGUGUAGCAUAAAGGUUAAGUUAAGAGGGGGAUCAGCGCUUCUCGCUGGCACCUUCAGUUUUCAGCAUGCUGUAACCAAUGGGGGUUUUUUAAACACAUUUUCUCAUUCGAUAAGUACUAUCAUGUAAAGUAAUCCCUCGUUUUGGGAAUCUUAUUGUAGAUUAAUUGUUUAAUCUUGAAUGAGACGAAACAUCUUGACUUACGAUAAGAAUAAGAAACAGAAAGUACUAAAGAGUUCGAAACAAAGAGCAACUGACACUUUUUGGUGUUUUCCUCGACUUUCACCUGUUCUCCGCAGCUCUAUAGCAAGAGGUUUUUUUUGGAAAUGCUUGGGUAUGUGUUCUUUGAUUUUCAUAUCUGCGACGGUCGGCACAAGCGAGUCUUUAGGUCUCGUGGUGAAGUUAUAUCUGGUAAUAACUUUGGAGAAAAUAUAUUUAUUAAAGCCUCGUUUAUAUGGGGAAAAGUUGUCCCGGGAAGAAGAGUCACCCUUUAAAACAAGCUAACUUUAGCAAGCGUUUAGCAGCUGACAACUUGAGCAACAACAGCGUUUGCGCAUGCUCUGAUUGUCUUGCCUUGCCCGAGUUGGCCGGGUUGGACCAGCCAAAGUCUAUUGGCCCGGCUAGGAAGGUGAACCGGCUAGUCGGGUCACCCUUCUAGCCGAGCCAAUUUUUGGUUUCUCAUGAAAACGGUUCGCUAAGUUGGCUCACCCAGGGUAGAUCCGGUGGACGAAUGGCUGUUCUAUCCGGGAAUAAUUUUUGUUAGGUACGUCAACGGACCUGAAAAGGUUUUGUGGGACAAGUGCCAUUUGGGGCAAACGAACGGGGAAAUAUCCAAAGAGUUUUCAAUUUUUACUUCCCAAAUGGAUUUAACAUGGGUGCUGGAAAAGACUUCGGUUAUUUAAACGAAGUCUAACUUAGUGGGUUAUUUUAAGAAGAGAAAUGUUUUUUUAAAUCUACACUAUAUGCUUUAAUGAAACUGUUCACGAUAAAUGGUGUAUAUGUUGUAGUUAGUUUUUUAUCUCGGGUAAUUUUUGUUUUUCUUUCGUCUUCAGGUAUGCUAAUGUAUGCUAAUGAAGUUGGAACAAAGGAAAAAUGAAAAUUGCCUGAGAUAAAAAAAUUAACUACAACAUAUACAUAAGAGCGUUCGACAAACCGAUAAUGGCUUAGAACGUGGUUUUGUUAAAUAUUGGCUACACUCUGUUUAAAUAACUGGCCCAGAGAGUUUACAAUUCUUGGCUUAAAAAUUACAUCACCAUGAAAUGUUCGCUUAUGUGAGCUGGUCAGGAAGGUACCUGUUUCCUAAAUCGUAAUAAAACGUGGACCAUAAACUACUACAAGCUAUGUAAUGUGGAUAUAAAAUGAGGUUUAAAGAAAGAGA